CUUCUGUACAUCCACCACCUCAGAGAGAUACAGAGACCCAGAGAGAGAUUGUGGAGAGAGAUGAGUAAGAUGCAGAUCUUCGUGAAAUCGUUGAGCAGCAAAACGCUUGCACUCGGUGUCGACUCGAGUGACACGGUCGAGUCCGUUAAGAAGCAGAUUGCUAAUGAGAACGGUGUAGCUGUGGCUGACGUGGAGGAGCUGAGGCUCGCGUUCGCAGGCCGAGAGCUCGAAGAUCACCGUGUAAUCGGUGAUUAUCCGAUCCACAACGAGUCCACUCUGGAUGUGCUUUUGAGGCUUCGAGGAGGCAAGGGAGGGCCUCCGAAGAUUGAUCUGAACCUGGUUGCUCUGGCUCAGAAGCACAACCAGCGCAAGAUGAUCUGUAGGAAGUGCUAUGCGCGAUUGGAUAUUCGGGCUAAAAACUGCAGGAAGAAGAAGUGUGGGCAUAGCAACCAGUUGAGGCCCAAGUCGGUGCUGGAUUCCAAGGGCUCGGGAUAAUUAAGAGGACUCUGAGUUUCGGGUUUCUUUAUCUAGUUAUAUCUGCUGGAAGUUUAGCAGUUUGUAAUAAGCGUCUGGUACUAUAUAUUGUGGUAGUUAGACAAGUUCUUAUUGGCACUGGGUGGAAGUUUGAACUAUGAAGAGCUUGAUGGUAAUUGUUGUAGUCGCGUAUUUGAUUCUAUUGUGUCGUGAUUUAUAUUGAUGGCUGUUUCAUUUUGGUUCCUCGUUUCAACUGAUUUCAAUACUGUGAUAAUGCUGUAGUCUGUAGAUGCAUGUUUUUGAUUGUUAAA